AUGCCAGAAAUUGCACAACGCCACAAUGUCGGCGUUAAUUUUGACUCCUUGACUCACAUCCCUAAUCAAAAGGUGAUUGCUGACACACAGGAACCUGCACUGCAGAAACACUCCCAGUCUGUGACGCCGAGAAACAGCCAGACUUGUCACGAGACGCAGAAAUACAGUGAUAGUCAUGCAAAUACUGCUAUCCCGUCUCCAUUACCUCAACAAAGUGAAAAUAACACAAUCAAAUCUACAAUUCGACACGACUCGAAUGUUUCAAGUGACAGUUUCAGUCCAAAUUCGUCCCCUAGUUACACAAACAAAACAAUGGAAACACCUUUGCUAAAACAUCACGAAGUAGGCAAAAAAAGCACGAACAGUCGUUGCGACAAAGUGGCCAAGUAUUCUGUUACAGGCGCUAGUAAAGAUGCGCUUCUUGAUAAGAUAGUGUACGAAGGCUGUGGUAAGGAUGAGCUAUGUAACACGUCUUUAACAAAAAGUAUUUCCACACCAGCUUCACUUCAGGCGAUUGUACGAUUUCGACAUGGCUCAAAUAUGUCCCUGCAUCACAGGAUAAUCCGAGAUAUGCGCAGACCAUCUACACACUACCCGACAAGAAAGAGGCUGCUGUUUAGGUUUGGUCAAGUGUUCUUAAAUGCUGUAGCUUUGAUAGCGAUUGCUGGUGGCUUGGCUGCGUACUUUAGAGCAUACCCUUCGCCAGUGCAUUAUGUUAAUAAGACCAUCACAUCCGUUGAGAUCGCAAGAGGUAGCUCAGAUGACAUGAACCCCGCGCCAGGCCUCUGUCUACCAGUGAUUGUAAGCUUUUGCCACUACCACAGGGUGUCCUACAACUACACCAUGUUUCCAAACUAUAUUGGCCAUUUCACCCAAAGGGAUGCUCAACAGGAAUUCGAGAUGUUCAAUGCGAUCGUGGAAGUGCGUUGCUACGAGCUGGCGGCCCUCUUUUUGUGCUCGGUGUUCGUGCCGAAGUGCGGAUCCACAGGGAGAUCUGUCACGCCAUGCAGCAAACUGUGUUUCGAAACAAAACGUCGUUGUGGUUUCUUCCUUGAUCUGUUUGGUUUGACACUACCAGACUAUUUGGAUUGCAGCAUGUUUCCUGAAUCACCAAACCCAAAUGUUUGCAUUGGUUAUCAGGAAGUCGUCAAUGAGGAGAUACGAGCUUUGAAACCAGUGUGCACCGCUGGCUUCCAGUGCGACAACAGACGAUGCAUCCCACAAGACUGGCGAUGCGACGGCCAUAUUGACUGCGAAGACCAGACGGACGAGUUGAAUUGUUUCACUUGUGCAAAAGGCCUGAUACACUGCGGAGGAAGAAGAUGUAUUUCCCAAACCCACAUGUGUGAUGGAGUCGUGGAUUGUCCUUGGGGCCAGGACGAAAGAAACUGUAUCCGUCUGAGCGAACGUAUGGGAGACAUCGGCUAUGGUCAGCUACACGUGUUCCAUGCUGAACGACAGAUGUGGCAACCGGCUUGCCUAAAGACGUGGGACAAUGGUACUUCUGCUCAGACGCUGUGCUCUAUACUAGGCUACACGAGAGCCAGUUCCAACACCUUGACAAGAAGAGGAGACAAUUCCAUGCUGCUGCACAACAACAACACCCGAUAUGAAUGGAAAAGUUAUCGGCAAAAUCCCAGACGUCUGCUCAAGAACCUGAAGAAUUGUAAUGGGAGCUACCUUACAGUGGAGGUCUCCUGUACUAAUUAUGUGUGCGGCAGGCAGCGCCGCAUGUCCGCCCCGAGACCGUCGCUGCGCGUCGUGGGCGGCACGGAGGCGUCGCCCGGCGACUGGCCGUUCCUCGUCGCCAUCUUGGGCGGCCCCGAGGAGGUGUUCUACUGCGCCGGCGUGCUCAUCGCCGACCAGUGGGUGCUCACCGCGUCGCACUGCGUCGGCAACAUCUCUGACCCAUCCGGCUGGACCAUACAGCUCGGGAUAACAAGACGUCACUCGCAUGCCUACUUCGGACAGAAGAUGAAGGUUCGUCGGGUUGUGCCACAUCCCAUGUACAAUCUAGGAGUAGCGCACGACAACGACGUGGCUCUUUUCCAGCUGAAGUCUCGCGUGUCGUUCCACGACCACUUGCUGCCGGUGUGUCUGCCCUCGCCCCACUACGAGCUAGCUCCAGGCACCAUGUGCACCGUCAUCGGCUGGGGCAAGAGAGAGGACUCUGAGACGACCGAGUACGAGCCGGCCGUGAACGAGGUGCAAGUGCCGGUGUUGAACCGCGAGCUGUGCAACAUCUGGCUGCAGCAACGGAACCUGAACGUCACCGAGGGCAUGAUCUGCGCCGGCUACGCCGAGGGAGGCAAAGACGCGUGCCAGGGCGACUCGGGCGGGCCGCUGCUGUGCCGCGACGACGCGGGCUUCGACCGCUGGUUCGUGGGAGGCAUCGUCAGCUGGGGCAUCAAGUGCGCACACCCUCACCUGCCCGGCGUCUACACAUACGUGCCGCGCUACGUGCCCUGGAUCAUACGCAAGAUGUCCUUGUACUCCAACUGAACCGCCGGUUCCAUCUCAUGUCAGUGUGUUACUUUCGUUCAUGUUGUAACCUACUGCAUGCGCAAUGCAGGUUGAUGUCACAUAAAUGCAUGUUUAUGUUUUAAAAAAAUGUUAGGAUAUAACGAUAAAGUAGCUGGUAUGCAAUUUCAAAAGUAUAUGUAUACUGCUGGCAUAUCAAACACUUGAAACAAAAUGGCCUGAUAAAUAGUGGUGUUGGAGUUAUUAUUUUAACACAUUUAAAAUUAUAUAUUUUGAUAAAAGUGAAAAACCUGAAAAGAAAAAAUAUUUGUAAUUUUUUUUUAAAUUAUUUGUACACUGAUUCAGUUAAAAUUAAAAUAGUGGUAGGGACAGUUAUUCAAUAAUUAAUCAUUAUAUUGAAAAUACUGAAUAUUAUUUUCCUUGAUUGUUAAAAUUAUGAAGAAAUAUUUAGCAUUAAAUUUAUAUAAUAUUUUUAACUAUAUGUAGGCUCCCUAUAAUAGGCAAUUUUCUCCACAAAAUAAUGGUUGUUGUGUUUAUGGUAAAAUAUUCAAUUACAUAGUGUGUCUGCAAAAUUAAUUACUGUUUUUGAUCAUGAACUACAGCAAGUACCAGGAAACACAAACACAUGCAUAUUUGAUGUCAUUUUUUUGUCUCAAACAAAGGAUGUAUUAAUUGUAUAACCUACAGAGAAAAAAAUAUCUCACUGUAGCUUGCUUUCUCCCUACCUUAGUAGACUUGUAACUACAUAUUAAUAUAGCGAUCACUCGGAAUGUCAUAUGGGCUUGAUUCUGUCGAGUGCUGUGACCAAUAAAACUAUUUUUAUACUGAAAAUCUUCUUUCACAAAGGGUGCAUCGCUGAGAAACUUGGGGCAAGUAAUUAUCGAGGUGGUUGUUUGCUGUUUCGUUGUAGAAGUUGUACUCAGCUAGACGAAAUGUCAUGUAGUCAAUGUGUAUGUUUAAGUGUCAGCUUUAUACGUAAAAGUGAUGCUAUUUUGUGGCGUGGGAGUUUAUAUUCUUAUAAUACUGUUGCGGAGGAGGGAAAUAUUCUUAAGUAUCAAGAUUGCGAGUCUAUUUAUAAGAUACGGUAUGCUAUCACCCAGAGCUUUAAAUUGUACUUUUGAUAUAUUUUGCAGGCAGUUACAAGUUUCUAAACUGUCAUCAUGUGGUUGGCAUGAAAACUUUUUUGUUGAACUGGGAAAAUAAAUGUUUAAGUGGUAAAUUACCUUUUAACUAUUAGUCUUGAAACUACAGUGAGUAUAUUUCUGUUGUAUGUGAACAUUGUUAGAAAUAUCCUAGUUGGUAGCAAUCUGCAAUCUGAAAAGCAUGUCAAAUUUGAAAUGUAUUAAUGGUAAAUUUGUGUAUGCUUGUCCCAGUAAUUUUAAGUUAAUAAGUAUGUAAAUGUUACGUAUGACGUUGUCGUCAAUGUUUUUGUUUUUGAUAUAAUUAAUUUAAUGGAUUGUGUGAACUACUAAAAUGAUCUCACGUUGUCAGUGUUUCAUUGGGAAACUUUGUAAUACGUAGUUUCGAACUAAAAGCAUAUGAGUUUUGUCAGUUUGUUGUUGUAAUAAUUGUGCACAAUGUUCGAGACUCUUCUUGUCGUAGUUGGUCAACGUUUGGUUAGAAUUUAGUUUAAGAAUGAUCUCUACCUCCUCCUGAGGCACUUUCUUAAAUCCGGAAACACACGACCUGAUAGGCUAUGUAUUUACAAAGAGGCACCAAAACGUUUACACGAUCAUUUACAUUUCCCUUUUGUUUAUGGUUUGCUACAACUAAAUCAUUACGUUCAUUAAACUUCAGCGCACGUAUCGCAGGAGAACGCCGCAGUAUUUUACAGCUGUUCAUUAGUGUGUGAAUAAGAGACAAAGUCGGGAGAAGUUACAGAGUUAAAAAAAAUAAUACCUAUUUAAUCAUGCUUAUGGCCGGAAAUUAUAGGCUAUUCAGCGCAAGACACCAUAAACGUCUUUCUCAGUGUUGAUGAUCCUAUGGCUUCAGGCAAAUGGGUUUUUACAUAGCUGACAAAUAAUUAAUUAGGUGCUAAAACGUCCUGGUCAGUAUCACAGAAGUUGCUUGAAGUAAAAGGAAUAUUUAUAUCAAAAAUAUGGGUAGUUACCUCGAAUUUCUCUCAUGUGUGCUGUGGCUGGGAUUUAGGCUGGGUUUUAUAAACUAUACGCAAUAAAAGCAAGAUGCAAAAACGCAAAUCAAGCAUCGGCCAAAACCCAACUUCUAGCGUUUCGACUUGUGUUUCGGCCUUCCACAUUUGAAGGAAAUUUUUCAAAAACUUUAAAAAGAUAUUAUUUUUUCACACACAUCGCGUUUUCACUAAUUAAACUAUUUCACAGUGAAAGUAAAUGACACUUUUAAAUCAAGCUUUUUUUAAGAAUUCCACAGUUUUUUAGGAAAAAAUGUUAUUGAUGAUUAAAAGCACAAUAGAGAAUUUGUUUCUAAGUGUUACAGUUUCAAGUUGCAUGUUUCAGGCCCAUAUAUGUUUGCAGUUUUCUUGCGUUUAUAGCGUGCUGCGUCCUUGCGCUCUUGCGUUUCUUGCAGCGUUUAUAAACCCACCCUUGGUGCUAUGCGGCUUAAUUCUCUUUGAAGUUUUUUUUAGGCUUGUCAUGCAACCUCUGCACUUGCAUUAAGUCUUGGGCUGAAUGUCACCAACUCGAUGGUAGGGCAAGCUAGCUUCAAGUUUGCAGCAAAUUUUACCAACGUUUGCCAGAAACUUUGAAAAAAGCUUGAUUCUUUAAGUCGACAGCACGUUGCAGGAGGUUUACUAAUGAAUUAUUAGGGUUUAAGUCUCGUCACAAAGAGAAAUAUGUUGUACUCAUACAAAAGUUUCCUCUAGAAACCAGUUACCUAGAAGUAGUUUGUAAUACAAAAAGAAAAUUAUUAUAAAUUAGUAAACUUUGCUAUGGUUAUUCUUGCAUACUUGAAAUAUGUCUUUGAAAACAAUACUGAAUAUUUAUUGUCGCACAUUUUUGUCUCUCUGCUUGUAGUUGACAGGGACACGGGGCUCAACUGACCAGCUUGGUCGAUACGCACGACACCUUUUUGUCUCACUGCUUGUAGUUGACAGGGACACGGGGCUCGA